UCACGUGACUCCAUUCUGCCACAAGCAGUAAAUAGAAGGCGAGCUAGCAGGCACAUGCUAACUAGCUAGUCCCUGUUCUUGGCAGAGUGGACCAUGUUUUAUCAGCCAAUGUCCACUUAAGACAGUCAACAGUCCGGCGUGUCGCGGGCGUGUGGUGCGUGUCGAUAAGCGAUGAAUGGACGAUACCGCUCGGAUUCGCAGAGGAGAACCGAAACACCCCCGGAUCUGUGCUGACUUAGCUUAGCUACGUUAGCCGAACGCUGGCGAGCCCGAGUUAGCGUUUCUCUUUAAAAAAGGAAAGAAAAGGAAAACAGUGGCUUGUUCGUCGCCAGCGACCAUGCAAGCGGAGACCGCGGCCGUGAGGAACACGGAGGGCGAUGCCGGGAAGCUGGACGUCUUACCCCAGAUCCGGACCCCCAGCUCGGGGAGAGCAAGUGCCAAAAGCUGGCAGUACAGCGACCACAUGGAGAACAUCGAUGGCUACUUGAUGAAAUACACGAACCUGGUGACGGGGUGGCAGUACAGGUUCUUCGUGUUGAACAACGAGGCGGGCUUGCUGGAGUACUUCGUCAACGAGCAGUCACGGACCCUGAAGCCCCGCGGCAUGCUGCCCCUGGCCGGGGCCGUCAUCUCCCCCAGCGACGAGGACUCGCACACCUUCACCGUCAACGCGAUCAGCGGGGAGCAGUACAAGCUGCGGGCCACUGAUGCCAAAGAGCGGCAGCACUGGGUGAGCAGACUGCAGAUCUGCACGCAGCACCACACAGAGGCCAUGGGGAAGAGUAAUCCCCCACCCAAGUCCCGGAGCUACUCCAUGGCGUCCCAGGGCAGCGGCAGCUCGCCGAUGUCUGUUCGCCGACCCAGCCAAAACCCCAACUCCUUAUUCGGCUGGUCGCAGGCCCACAAGGGCUCGUCACUCUACUCCAGCAAGAGGUCCCUGCUGCCGGACCACCUCAUGGACGCCAGAGAGAUGAUGACCCAGGCCCAGGGCCAGCACCGGGACCUGAUCCAGAGUAUCGAGGGCUUGCCCGCCGCCCCCGGCCUCUCUUCUCUAGACCAGGACCUGCUGAUGCUCAAGGCCACUUCCAUGGCCACCAUGAACUGCCUGAACGAGUGCCUGCACAUCCUGCACCUGCAGCAGGUGGCCAGGCUGCGAGGCUCCCUGGGAGGACCCACCAUCGAGUGGCUGGAGCCCAAGCUGCCUGACAUCCUGAAGAACGGCAGCAGCUCCCUGGGCAGCUUCGCGACAGGGGAGGGCCCACUGGAGGGCAGCUGCCUGGAGCUCAGCAGCCCAGAGUCUUGCAGCUUCUCUGGGGAACAGGAAGACAUAGAUGCGGAGGAUGAGCUGGAGGACUCCUUCACAGACAAGGAGGAGGACCUGGCCGCUGUGGAGGAGGAGCGCAGUGUCAUCCUACACCUGCUGUCCCAGUUGAAGCUGGGCAUGGACCUCACACGGGUGGUCCUCCCCACCUUCAUCCUGGAGAAGCGCUCGCUGCUGGAGAUGUACGCAGACUUCAUGUCACACCCUGACCUGUUUGUGGCCAUCGCAGACGGCGGCAGCCCCGAAGACCGCAUGGUCCGGUUUGUGGAGUACUACCUCACCUCCUUCCAUGAAGGGCGCAAGGGCGCCAUCGCCAAGAAGCCCUACAACCCCAUCAUCGGCGAGACCUUCCACUGCUCCUGGAAGGUACCCAGGACACCAGAGGCCUCAAAGGAGGCCUCACAGGGGAACGCAGACCCAGCCGCCUCCGAAGACCCCUACCAAGUGCGCUUUGUGGCCGAGCAGGUGUCCCAUCAUCCCCCCGUGUCCGGUUUCUACGCUGAAUGCCAGGAGAGACAGAUGUGCGUGAACACACACGUGUGGACCAAGAGCAAGUUCAUGGGAAUGUCCAUCGGAGUAUCCAUGAUAGGCGAUGGUUGUCUGUAUUUGCUGGAGCACGAUGAAGAGUACACAUUCCAGCUACCCUGUGCAUAUGCGCGCUCCAUCCUCACCGUUCCCUGGGUGGAACUGGGCGGCAAAGUCAACAUCGGCUGCGCCAAGUCAGGCUACUCGGCGAUCAUCACUUUCCAGACGAAACCUUUUUAUGGCGGUAAACUGCACAAGGUCACAGCGGAGGUGAAGCACAACCCCACCAACGCGGUGGUGUGUCGCGUGCAGGGCGAGUGGAACGGUGUUCUGGAGUUCAGCUACACCAGCGGAGAGACGAGGGUGGUGGACGUGACCAAGCUGCCUGUGACCAGGAAACUCGUUCGGCCGACCGAGAAGCAGGGACCGACUGAGUCCAGGCGUCUGUGGCAGCACGUGACCGAGUCCUUGCGGCAGAAGGACAUCAACAAAGCCACGGAGCACAAGCGUAUUCUGGAGGAGAGGCAGCGAACGGAGGAGCGUCACCGCGCCGAGACCGAAACCGCUUGGAGGACCAGAUACUUUGACAGAGAGGGUGAAGGCUGGGUUUAUCACAAACCACUUUGGAAAAACUCUGCACUCAAAUCGUAGUUUCUCCAGCCUGUGUAUUGGAUGCUGAUAUUAUAGAUUCAGGAAUGUGUGUGCGCGCGCGUGUGGUUGACAGUUAUGAAUAUGAGAGCAUGACCUGCACUGACGAAUGCGACGCGGGGAGAAGGACGGAGAGACGGCAUGACUGACGGUGUUCUCCAAUCUCUCUCACGAUCUUCACGAAAACCUCUAAGUACAAGAUUUUGUACUGCUUUUUGAUUUAUUUUUUUUCAAUUCAAUGUCAAUGAAAACAUUGUACUGUUAAAGGUACUCUCAUUUACACAGCCUUAAGGUAGUCUGAUGAAUGAUACUCGCAAGUUUGAGUUCUGCUGAUCAUCCUGGAUAUGGUUCUUUUCUUCUUCUCUUUUUUAAAAGUUAUGGAAUCACACAACGGGGAUGCUUUGACGAGUUCCUUACUAAAUCUAAAUCGUGUGGAAGGUUAGUGCAAUGAAACUGUUGUAAACUGUGCUCCUAUGUAAAGUUGCUGUGAGCGAUGUUAAAAUCCAAGAACAAUUAAUACUAAAAUAGAAGCAACGUCCAUAUAUUUACCGGCCCACAAUAUUCUGAUCCCUAAGAGUAGCUCACCCCUUUGCUGCUCCCUUUUCCUUUUUACAGUCUUUAUGCUAAGCGAAAAAAUCUGGCUACAGUACCACUCAAUGUCCCCUUUUGCAUUCAUAAGCAGUAUAUAAACAUGCAAUACAUGGUUAUAUAACGCAAUGAAGGAAGACUGGUUAAUAGGCAGAUAAUGAAUCCAAGAUAGUUGGAAUAAUGUAAAAAAAAGUUUAUGUUUGUAAUAUAGGCUGUAAAUAAAGACAGACGGCCCGUCUCGCCUUCCUCGCGCUGUGCAAAAAACGAGGCUGCACUAUCCUGGAUACAAUUGCCGCCAUUUUGCUCCUUUGAAGUCUACGCAGUAGUGAUCAUGAUACGUGCGCUCGACCGACCGUGAGUCAGUUCCAGCUGUCAAUCAUGACAUUUCACCCUGUUUUUUUUAAGUCAUAAAAUAACUAACAACAUAAUGACUGUCCAUGUCCAAUCGGCUAACAUGGAGGGGGCGGGGUUUUGAGCUACACUGCAGCCUGCCACCAGGGGGCGGUGAAUAUGAUUUUGGGGCCACUUAAAAGACUGUCAAUCUCUAUUUACAGUCUAUGGGUCUUGACCAUAGCUGUACCUAUGAACCAGUAAUUGUUUAUACACUGCUUGUACAGGAAGGUAAAGUGUCUUCCAUGAAUAGACUGAUUGUGUAUAAAAAUUGGUGGAACGCCCCUUUAACCGGGUGACACCUCGGCCGAUCCUGAGUCUACGAAAUUGGUUUCAUAUCAGAAUGGUGUAUGUGUGCAUUCCGAUGUAUGGCACGUAUCGAUUCGACUUCAUUUGCAAUAUAUGUCUAAAUUAUUCUUUGUUGAAACCGAAAUUUUGGAACGAGUCACACUGCUGGAAUGGCAUGUCGUAGACUAGCUGACAGAUAACCACAUUUUUAAAUCAUCUAAAGGACAGAGUCCCAGGCGAAUGCGUCUAAAGAUCAUUCUCGUCUUCUCCCUCCUUUUUAGUCUUAUGGCUUUUGCGGCGGACGAAAGAAUUCCCACGUGCAUGAUAGUAAAUUGUCUCUGUUCACGAUCAUUGCAGAUACUCUAAACUACUCCUCUGUCUGCGUAACUUAAAUUUCUAAUUGUCUGUUGUAAAAGCUUUUAACCAAAUCUGCUUGUUUUGUAAUGCAAAUAAAUAUCUUCUUUGAAUGCGUGUUCAUCCCCCAUCUUUCGCUUUAAAUGCUCUUAUUUUUAGAGCCCUUUUUUAUUGAGCUGUUAACAUUUCUUGUCUGUUAAUGGGGUUUUUUGUUUGACUGUUUGGAAGUAAUUGCAAAUCUAUUAUACUGUAAUGUUACAUAUAUAAACCCCCCCCCCCAUUAAAAUUUGAGCCUCACACUUUCAAAGUAUCCCAGUAUCGAUAAAGAAGAGUUUCCAAAUCUCUACAGAAAGAGGAAAAUCUGCUCUGCCAUUGAUAAGGUACUCAUUCCACCAGCCCCCCCCCCCCCCCCCCCCCCAGUUUCUGUGCCUUAUGCAAACUCUUUGUGUGCGUCUUCCAGCUCAGGAGCAGAUGUUUUCAUCAGUUAUCAACCUGACCGAUGCGAAUGGCGGAUGUAUCGUUUGUGUGUGCGUUUGUGUGUUGUUUGUUUUUUUAGUUUUUCUGUUUUAAGAUUCAGUGCUUGGAUGUCAGAAGACGACUGAGCACUUUUUAUUCCAGCUUUUGACGUUUCUUGGUUUGGAAAUCUACUGGUUGUCUCGCUGACCUACGAAGUGCACUGACAUUGAAGGAAACCUGAUUGUUGUAGACAAAUGGAAAUGUGUGAUGAAAGCUAAAUAAAUUACGUAUCAGUAA